AUGGAUGAGCCUUUUACAUCUAGUAGACAAGCCGAUCAAAAACAGUGGAGAGAAAAGUUUUUAACAGAAAUUUUGGAAAGUGAAAUUAAAAACUCUUCUCAUUAUAAUGUGUUGUCAUCAGAUAAAUAUUCGGAACUGAUUGAACAAGUGGAAGACGCUGAAAAGUCGGCUGAUGAGCUUUAUGAUGUGAUUGAUGCAGCUCAUGUGGCGGUUGGACACGGCGGACAUGACAGGAUGUUAGCCGAGACAUCAAAAAAAUAUGCUAAAAUCACAAAAGAAAUGAUAAGCCUCUAUUUAUCAAUGUGUGAUGUGUGUCAACAAAAGAAGACAAAAAAGAAGAGGGGAUUAGUUUCAAAGCCUAUUCUUCACUCUGAAAUGAAUAGCAGAUGUCAAGUGGAUUUGAUCGAUUUUCAGACACAACCAGAUGAACAAUUUAAAUUUAUUAUGGUUUACCAGGACCAUUUAACAAAAUUUGUUCUUCUGCGUGCGUUAACAUCUAAGAGAGCAGCAGAAGUGACCUACAACCUGAAUGAUAUAUUUUUAACUAUAGGAGCGCCGUGCAUUCUCCAAUCUGACAAUGGUAGAGAAUUUGUUAAUAAUGUGAUUAGUGAGCUCGCUUCUCUUUGGCCAGAACUUAAAAUUGUGCAUGGAAAACCAAGGCACAGUCAAAGUCAGGGUUCAGUUGAACGUGCUAAUCAAGAUAUAGAGAACAUGAUAAGUUCUUGGUUGAAGGACAACGAUUCAACGAAAUGGUCGGAGGGCUUAAGAUAUGUCCAGUUCAUGAAAAACCCCGCCUUCCACUCAGGAAUAAAACAAUCGCCUUACAAGGCCUUAUUUGGGAUUGAGCCUAGAGAUGAGGACGACCUUAGAAAAGUUAUCGAAGAUAAUUCGAAUUGUAACCAGAAUGAAGAUGGUAAUGGUGGUGUUAUGGAAAUUGACACACAGAACAUUCAAGAAGCUAGAAAAGCGGCGGCAGAAAAUCUUGAAAAGCAAGCAAAAAAAAUUAAAGCCUCUUCGGACAAGUCCCAUCCACCUGCCUACAUUGGAGACAUAUUACUAUACCAAUACCAGACAACUGAAUUCGACAUUUGCAUUCAGAAAUUUUUAGAGGUGGGCGAUGUUAACCAAGAUAUUGAAAUAUCUCUGAGGACUGCAGCCACUAAACAUUCGGUUGGAUCAGGGCUAGGUUUUGUAAGGUACAGCUGCGUAAAGAAAUGUUUGGCAAACAGGUGCAAUUGCAAGAAAAAACAGGUGCUCUGCAAUUCCAAAUGUCAUCAGAGUACACCCUGCAAAAAUAAGUAA